AUGUCGGGGACCCGUGCGAUCUAUUAUCGCCGGGUCGCCGUUCUGUUGGGAGCAGCCACCGCAGCAGGCGGCGGGAUUUACAUAGCUUACCGACUUUCCAACUCCGAGUAUUACCGCCGCCAGCGGCAACGUGUGCGAGACGCAUGGGUCCUCUUCUCGCGGUUAUACAACGCAGUCUUUGCCGCUUCUGAGCUGUCUACUACUGUACUGACGGACGUUCGAGCGUUUAUCGAGUCAGAUUCAGACGAGGUUCCGCGAAGCGUACGGCAGAUCCUGAAGCUGUCCAGCUCCGAGGAGUUUCAACGAGCCGUCGUACGUACGACGUACUCUGUAACAGAAGGUGUUCUCCACGGCGUGUGUCUGUCGUCAGCCUGGAACGGUCCAGACGAAACGGCAAGCGCAUACCCAGCUCAAGGCACCAAUGGCGUCGCAGCAUCUUCCGGAAUCAGCGGGAUGCCGGUCAGGCGAAUGGGUUUGGUGGAGUCUGUUUUGGAUAAGCUGUUCACAGACGAGGGUCGAACCUUCGCAUCUGCGGUGGUAGGAAAGGCGAUGCGGAGUCUAGUAGUUUCGCUAGUAGACAAGCUAAGUAGCCCACCGGGAUCUGGCAGCGCAUCUGGCGCAUCUUCCGCGGCUGGGUCCAGACAGGCGCUGACAGGAUGGGAGUUGAUACUGGUUGAGCUGGCUACCAACGAGAAGGGGAAGGCUCUGCUGACGGAUAUCGUCGCGACAUUCGCCGUGAACGCUGUCGGGACGUUUAUUGAGAAGACGAGAAACGUCAACGUCUACCAUGAUAUUCUCGCAGCCGUGAGUAGGCAUCAAGAGCUUGUGAAGGAUGUCGGAGCACACAUUCUAACGAGGACAGCAGAGACGACUGUUGCUACCGCAAUGGCUCCCAUUCCGCCUGAACGAGCGGCAAGGCAGGGGGGUUCGGCAAGCGGGGGGAUGGGGGCAGGGUUUGAAGAGGUGAUACAAACGGAGGCUGUUUCCGUCGCUCUAUCGACAUCGUCUGACGGCACUUCGUCAGAAGCUCCGUCUCCGUCAGAAUCGCUGUCUCCACGUAGCAGGAGCUCGCUUGACGGCCAAUUACAAGACCCCAUGUGGCAGGGGGUUCCAGAUGCAACAGUUUCCGUGCCACAGACAGCAGCAGCUGCAGCAGCCACAGCAUCUUCCGCAUCUCUUCGUGGCAAGUUAACAACCUUCUUCCGUCGCCUGCCUCCCCCACCUCCUCCCGCGCUUCAAACGGCGUCCACGUCAGCAGCCUCUUCAUUCCCAGGGAGCCAAGCUCUGUCCACCACGUGGCAGCGUCAGCUUACCGGCUUCUUGGCAGAGAAAGAGGUUCGGGGACUGGUUGUGGAGGUAGCGGGUGCUGUGUCAGCGAGAGGCAUGCGAGCCUUUCUCCUAGUCCUCUUCCAUAAUCUCCUCUCCAGUCAGCCCUCUAGAACAGCUAGAGGAAAAGGGGAAGCUGGGUCCUCCAUGUUCCAGCACCAGGGGAUUAGGAGCCGAAUUCAGGUUGUUUCAGGAGGGGAUGACGGGGAGCAGGGUGAUUAUGAUGUUACUGCUGAUGAUGACCUGGCAUUGGAGGCCUCUGAGCUGGAACGAGUGGCUGAGGUCUCAUCGGCAGAAGAAGAUUCGGACGAUGCGACGUCAGACCACCUUUUCACCGUUCCGCAGCUGGCGCCGCUGAGUCCCUCCGACGAGCCGUUUGAUACCUCCAAGCUGCUUCCUCCGCUUCGCUCCGUCCACUUCAACCGCAAGACCCUCGUUCUGGACCUGGAUGAAACCCUUAUUCAUUCCGUCUUCACGCCGAUCAUGAACGCGGAUUUCGUCAUAAGCCUGGACGUUGACGGCCGCCUGACUACUAUUUACGUCCACAAGCGUCCCGGAGUGGAGGAGUUUCUCCGCGCCGUCGCGCAGGUCUACGAGGUGGUUGUUUUUACCGCGAGCAUGGCGGGUUACGCGAACGCGCUCGUCGAUCUCUUAGAUCCGCAUCGCUGCCUCGUUCACCACCGUCUUUUCCGGGAUUCCUGCAUCUGGUGGAGGAAUAGCUACGUCAAGGAUCUGACGAUGCUCGGAAGGGACCUGACAAAGACCAUGAUAGUUGAUAACAGCCCGCUCUCCUAUGCGUUUCAGCCGGAGAACGGCAUUGCGAUUCCCUCGUACUACGACGAGCAGGGGGACCGUGAGCUCGCGAAGCUUGUCCCCGUUUUAAUGAAGCUCGCUGCGGUCGAGGAUGACGUUCGGCUCCAUCUUGCGGGGCUCGGAAGCGUCCAUGUGGGGUGA